UUUGUCUGCGUUGGUGGGAGCCCCAACACAAUGAAAGAGUUUGCAGUGUUUAUACACAAGGAGCUGGGAUUGGAGGACAGUAGAGAGGACAUGAAGGAUGUCUGAGCUGGGACAGACAGAUACUGCAUGCACAAAACUGAUCUUGUGUCCUCCAUUGGUCUAAGUACUCAAUGGUUGCCCUUCAGGAAUGAAAUAGCCACUGAUUCAAAACUCAGUUUCAGCUCCUACAAAUUCCAGCACAGAGGAUCUUUCUGGAGAGUUAUUAGAACAUAUUGUAACUCCCAGGAGUUACUAAAUCCUCUAAACUAUAUUGACCCCUAUUCUGGUGAUACUGAUUUUAUUGUAGCAAAUGCUGAGGAAAAUAGGGGUUAUAGUCAUAAACAUGGCAUUGGCAUUCCCUCUAUUUCUAUUAUGCUUAUGCUUCAUGAACUCAUCAAAUUACUGCACCAUGCCUGGUGCUGUAAUGUUACCAUUACCAGAAUUGGUACAUCAGGGAGAAUAGGUAUGGCCCCGGGGUCUGUUGUAAUAGCAGAUGCGGCCACAGACUCCUUCCUUGAUCCCUGGUUCGAAUAGGUAAUCUUGGACAACAUCACCACCUGAAGUGCUAAACUUGACAAGGAACUGGCCCAAGAGCUCCUCAGCUACAGCAAGGGAAUCCUCUUCCCAGUCCUCAUCAGACAUGUGAUGUGUACCUAGGAUUUUUAUGAAGGUGACAAGAAGCCAGGUCAGCUAGACGGAGCAUUGGGGCCCUUUUCCAGAGAAGAAAAGCUGCAUUUCUUGAAGAGAGCAUAUAAAGCCAGAGGGCAAAAUACUGAAAUGGAAUCGGCAGUGUUUGUGGCUGCAUGUAGAUUUUGUGGUCUGAAAGGAGAAGAAAAAGGAAUCCACCAAUAUAUUACUUGGGGUUGA